GAGUUUGUAGCCGAAAACCUGCGCGCCAUGGAUGAGCUACGCGCAAAUGAAGUAAUGUGCGUGGUCACAGAAACAGCCAACGCGCGAACCAUUUCGUAUGUUGAUGUCGAGGCACGCCCGGAACUCACUGCUGAGGAUCAGUAUGAAGAGCAAGACCAGUAUAGAGAAGCACAGACGAAGGCACGCGUUUUUUUAGUCCUUUUAACCUAUAUUAGGUUUCGACUUUUUCAAUAA